CCUUCGUCUUCAUUCAAAGAUCAGAGCUUGAUUUGCCCUAAUUCGAAACUAGGGUUUCUUAGAUCCAGGUCCUCAACGAUCGCCGUGAACCUAGCCAUGUCGACCUUCUCCGGCGAUGAGACCGCUCCCUUCUUCGGCUUCCUUGGCGCUGCCGCGGCGCUCGUCUUCUCUUGCAUGGGAGCGGCGUAUGGAACGGCGAAGAGCGGGGUGGGUGUGGCAUCGAUGGGAGUGAUGAGACCGGAGUUGGUCAUGAAGUCGAUCGUGCCCGUAGUUAUGGCGGGAGUGCUUGGGAUUUAUGGAUUGAUAAUCGCUGUGAUCAUCAGCACUGGGAUCAACCCAAAGGCGAAAUCUUACUACCUUUUUGAUGGCUAUGCGCAUCUCUCGUCUGGUUUGGCUUGUGGACUUGCUGGACUUUCUGCUGGAAUGGCGAUCGGGAUCGUCGGUGAUGCUGGUGUCCGGGCUAACGCACAGCAACCAAAGUUGUUUGUUGGUAUGAUUCUUAUUCUCAUUUUCGCUGAAGCACUUGCCCUCUAUGGUCUCAUUGUUGGUAUCAUCCUUUCAUCUCGUGCCGGUCAAUCACGAGCAGAUUGAUAAACAUGAGCUGCCACGUUCAUCGUCCGCAUGCUUUCAAGUUGCAUUCAACCUUCCUCUAGGGUUGGUUCAAUUCCUAAUUCAAGUUAGGACAUGAACCUUUUAAGGCUUUUUUGAUUUACUUAUGUGAUUUGUGAUGGGAGCUUUUUUGUUUGAGGUUCCAAAAUAUCUAUUCCUUGUCAUGAUUUAGCAGCAAUAUGCUGGGAUGCUGCUUAUUUAAGCCACAAUAUUUUCAUGCUAAUGUUGAGCCGUUGAGAAGCUCUGAUGUUUUGGAGGUA